ACGGGAUGCAGCUCAAGGACCUGGUCCCGGCGGCGACCAACAGCGUGAACACCACGUUCAUCGUGCUCGACAAGGCGGCCCGGCCGGCCCACGCGAACGGCAGGGAGGAGACGUGCCUGUCGCUGGUGGCCGACGAGACGGCGGCGGCGCACUUCCUGCUGUGGGGCGCCGAGUGCGACGCCUUCGAGCCCGGGGACAUCGUGCGGCUCACCAGCGGCAUCUUCUCCUACCACAGGGGCAGCAGCCUCGUGCUGCGCGCCGGCAAAAGGGGGCGCGUGGAGAAGGUGGGCGAGUUCACCAUGCUCUUCGUCGAGACGCCCAACGUGAGCGAGAUGCGGUGGGGGCGCGAUCCGGCCGACCCGAGGAAGAUGGUGCAGGAGGCCGUCGUCUCGCACUACUCCCAGGUCUUCAAGCCGCCGCACUGACGAUGAUGAUGCCGGCGCCGGCGGCGUUGCAGCCAGGCUCCCACGGUAGAUGCCGUUGUGCAACAAGUGAUUGUGAUGAACGUUCUAUGCGGAGUAUAUUUCGCUUUGCACCGAGUAUAUCUAACUUGUGACAGUUUGCAUCAGAUUUCAGAUUUAUA